AUGGUAAGAUCAAACCUGGGACUGCUUGCGAGCUGCGGUGCCGCGUACUGGAGACGACUGGCAACGAGCGCUGGGUCGGCGGCUUCCGCUGACGCCAACAGCGCAGUCGCCGCGACAAAGCAGUUGACGGGUGUUGCCGGUCGCUAUGCGGGCUCGUUGCUGCGGGUCGCGAUGAAGGCGAACCAACUGAACGAAGUCCACCGUGACGUUGACGCGCUCGAGCGUCUCCUGCGAGAGAAUCCCCGGAUCGAAGAGUUUCUUCGGGAUCCGACGCGCUCGCAGGUAGCGAAGCAGCGUGCUCUCGAGAAGCUACUUGACGCCGCAGGUGUGCAAACAGUCUUUGUGCGCAGACUUCUUGAUCUACUUGCGGAUAACCGGCGCUUGAGUCACGUGUCGCAGGUGCUGCAUUCGUUCCAGUCUGUGAUCGCUGCGCAGCGGGGCUCAACGCAGGCAGUCGUUACGAGUGCAGUGCCGCUCACCGAGUGGCAGCUGGCUCUUUUGCGCCAGCGGCUGCAGCGACGCUUUUAUCCGGAUAUGCCGGAUGCCCGUGUUGAUCUGAUCACAAGGAUUGAUCGGGACCUCAUUGGAGGCUUCACCGUGCAGCUCGGCGACAAGUUCAUGGACUUGAGCCUCAAGUCUGAGGUUCGUCGUCUCCGAGACGAGCUCGCACAGCAGGUAUAG